AUGGUUCACAUCAUCCAAAAGAAUUUCUCUGAGUGUGAGAGAAUUGAUACUGCAAGCUGGCAGGCUAACAUUCUCCAUCACCUUGUGAUGGGGAUUAAAGAUGGGGGUGCAGUGGAGCUGCAGCUAAAAAAAAGUUCAGCCAUGGCUGAGCGUAAUCUUGCAGAUGGGCCUCCUAAUAAGAGGCCUAAAAUGCAAGACCCCUUUGGGAAUCCUUCCAAUGAUGCUUCAGAUAUGUUUCAACUUCCAUUGGAGAUUGAAAGUAGCCUUCCUGAUGAACUAAUGAAUACCUGGGGCUCAGCCACAAUAGAUACAGCAAAGCAACAGGUUCCCCAUGGUUCCUUUGUGAAUAUCCAAAACGGGGCCAUGAUAGACGGAGGUGUAUCUGUGGUCUCCACCCGUCCAGCGAUGUCUGCAGAGGCGCAUACACAGAGGCUCAACAAUCUGACAAUCCUGUUGCAGAACAAAGCCCCACAGCCACAGCAGCAAGUUUUGGCCAGUCUUGUUGCAGCAAAGCAGCAGGGACAGCCAGCUGUCAGCGUGUCGCUUGCUCCGGGCACAGCUGGUCUUACAACCCUCAUGCCAAAUAUGACUAUGAAUAUUGGAUCCUCUGGGCAGCAGGGUGUUCCCGGUGGUUUGAUGAAUCGAGCACCCAUGAAUGUGAUUCCUGGAGCUCAGAUACCCAAUAGUGGAGGUGGGGUCAUGGCAAAUGGUCCAACCAUCACCCAAACUGUGCCUACUCUACGGCAGCCUCAACCACAGCGUGCUGCACAACAGCAGCUCCGUGGCCUUUCCAUUUCCACUGCAGCAAGACUUCAGGGUGUUGGAGGUGGCCUAGUGAAUCAGAUGGGUGGAGGAGGACCAAACUACAAUAACUUCCCCAAUAUGGGAGGUCCCCAUCGAGGCCCUGCUCCCCAAGGAGGGAUUCCCUCCAUGCCUCCCCGAUAUCCAGGUACCAUGGCUGGGAAUCCUGUGAUGCCAGGGAAACCACCCAUGUCUGCUGCACAGCAGCAACAACAGGCACCUCCCCAGCAGCAAGUGCCUGCUGAUCAGUCACAGGGGCAGCCACAGCAGCAGCCUCAAAUUGGUCAGCAGCAGGCAAUGAAUGGGGGAGCUCAACUCACUGCUCAGUGUCAGCAGGCUGGUCAACCUACUCAAGGGCAACAGCAGCAACAACCUCCUGGUGUUGAUCCAGAGAAGCGGAAGCUAAUUCAGCAGCAGUUGGUUCUCCUCCUUCAUGCCCACAAGUGCCAGAGGCGAGAGAACCAGGCUAAUGGAGAGGUGCAUCAGUGCAUGCUGCCGCAUUGCCAGACGAUGAAGAAAGUGCUGAACCACAUGGCAAACUGUCAAGCUGGGAAGUCUUGCUCCAUUCCACAUUGUGCCUCUUCACGACAGAUCAUCUCGCACUGGAAAAACUGCAACAGUGCCAACUGUUCGGUGUGUCUUCCACUGAAAACGGCUGACAAGCGGAAUCAGCCCAACAAGACAGUGGCCACGACUCAGCAGGUGCCAACUACGCAUCAAGGCCCCACUCCAGGAGAGUGGAAAAGGGCAUAUGAAUCGCUUGGGAUGCCAUACUUAGCCAAUAACCUCCAACCGGGACAGUCCCCAUCCCAGCAGUCUGUGGGGAUAAGACCUCCAGGACCUGAAGGAAUGAGCCCUGUUGCUGGACAGCAGACACCUCAGUCUUUAGCUUCAUCUUUGCAGGUUGAGGAGAAGAGACAGCAGAGGAAGCAGGGAGGUAUGGGUCAAGCUGUCUCUCAACAGCAAGCUCCGCAACAGUCUCAACCAUGUCCAACCAGCCUCCAGCAGAUUCUUUCCUCGAUGGGUGGCAUGCAGCAUUCCCCGCAGCAGCCUCUCCAGCCUGGACAGAAGAUGGGUGGUAUGACCCCACCAUUAAUGAGUCCACCUCCAAGUCAGAUUCAGAUUCCACAGAGACCACCAUCCACUGGAAUGCCCAUGACACCUUGCCCUUCAUCAGGUCUUUGCCCAUACCAGUGCCCUCUUUAUACAGUGUUAGAGCAUCCUUUGAUGUAUGAGUCUGAUGGUCUUUCCAGGUGCAGGAGUGAGGCUGACCAGCAUGCUUACCCAGACAUCUGGAGGAGUCCCACAGCAACAAUGGGCAGGAGCCCCAGCAUCGAUCUCACAGCCACCGCAAUCACAAAUUCGGCUGGGUCUCCCGCAGCAACAGUUGCAGCAGCAGCAGUUAGUUCCUCACCUCACAUAUCAAUUGCUUCUACGAUGAUUGGGAUGAGUGGAAGUGUUAGCUCCAUGCCGGUGUACUCAAAUGCUGCAUCGAACAUUGAGAUGAAGAACGAGAUGGUUGAUAUUGAGCGCAAGUUCCCCCCAAUGGAUGGGCCAAAGCUUGAAAAUACAGGGAGCUGUCGAGAGGAAUCCAAGCAUGAACUGAUUGCUAGCAUCAGGAAGGAAGAAGGAGGGAUACAGGUGAAGGUGGAGCCUGUGGAUGUGAAGAUGGAGACAUCAGAGGGUGUGAAAGAGGAGUCGAAAGUGUUACCUUCUCCCAGUGCAGUGAAGAUUGAAGGGGUAUCAGAUAUGAAGGCCCCUUCCUCCUGCUCUUCAUCCACAUCUUCUGUUCCUCCUGAUUCUUCAUCAUCUAGUUCAAAGCCUCAAACUCCAACCUCAUCUAAACCUAACAAGAUAUUAUUCAAACCCGAUGAACUGCGCCAGGCAUUGAUGCCCUCUCUGGAAAAGUUGUACAGGCAGGACCCAGAAUCUAUUCCGUUCCGUCAGCCUGUCGACCCUCAGGCUUUGGGCAUCCCCGACUACUUUGACAUCAUCAAGAGACCCAUGGAUCUCUCGACAAUCAAAAGGAAGCUGGACACGGGUCAGUAUACAGAUCCAUGGCAAUAUGUGGAUGAUGUUUGGCUCAUGCUUGACAAUGCCUGGCUCUACAACCGCAAGACCUCACGGGUCUACAAGUAUUGCACAAAGCUCGCAGAAGUCUUUGAGCAAGAAAUAGACCCUGUAAUGGUUAGCUUGGGAUAUUGCUGUGGGCGCAAGCAUGUGUUCAGCCCACAAGUGCUUUGCUGCUAUGGUCAGCAGCUUUGUACCAUACCCAAGGAUGCCAAGUACUGGUGCUACCAGAACAGAUACACCUUCUGCCAGAAGUGCUUCAAUGACAUUCAGGGAGACACAGUCACUCUGGGUGAUGAUCCUUCCCAACCCCAAACUGUGAUUCGCAAGGACCAGUUCGUCGAGAUGAAGAAUGAUGCCUUGGAGUUGGAGCCUUUUGUGGAAUGCAGCGAGUGUGGCAGGAAGCUCCACCAGAUCUGUGUACUCCACUACGACCCCAUCUGGCCGCAAGGGUUCACCUGUGAUAAUUGCCAUAAAGCGAGAGGUUCAAAACGGAAAGAGAAUCGGUAUGGCUCCAAGCGGUUGCCGACCACCCGUCUCGGGACUUACAUCGAAAACCGGGUCAACAACUACUUGAAGAAGAAGGAGGCAGGAGCUGGGGAAGUGACCAUUCGGGUUGUUGCUAGCUCUGACAAGAUUGUGGAAGUGAAGCCUGGCAUGAGGCGAAAGUUCACUGAUACAGGAGAAUUGUACCCCGAGUUCCCAUAUCGGGCUAAGGCCUUAUUUGCAUUUGAGGAAAUCAAUGGAGUGGAUGUAUGCUUCUUUGGCAUGCAUGUUCAGGAAUAUGGUUCCAAUAGUCCCAUGCCUAACACAAGACGUGUCUACAUUGCCUAUCUGGACUCUGUUCAUUUCUUUCGACCGAAGCAGUUCCGAACAGCUGUGUACCAUGAAAUCCUCCUUGGGUAUUUGGACUAUGUCAAGCAGCUAGGCUUCACCAUGGCACAUAUAUGGGCUUGCCCCCCAAGUGAAGGCGAUGAUUACAUUUUCCACUGUCACCCACCAGAGCAGAAAAUUCCCAAGCCAAAGAGGCUACAGGAAUGGUACAAGAAAAUGUUGGACAAGGGCAUAAUUGACCGCAUUGUUCUUGAUUACAAGGAUAUACUGAAGCAGGCUAUGGAGGACAACAUUCGAAGUGCAUGUGAGCUCCCCUACUUUGAAGGGGAUUUCUGGCCCAAUGUUUUGGAAGAAAGCAUAAGAGAGAUUGAUGAAGAAGAGAAAGAAGAACAACGGAAACAGGCUGAAGCAGCUGCAGCGGCUGAGGCAGCUGCAGGGGGCACAGAAAUCAUGGAAGGAGUUGAGGGUGAAGAUGUAGGUCCCAGCGGCAGUAAAAAAGGACAGAAAAAGUGCAAGAAAAGUAAACAGAGCAAGGCCAGUCAGAGAAAGAGUAACAAGAAAAGUGGGACCACAAAUCAGAAAGGAAGUGAUCUCAACUCAAAAAUCUUUGCUACAAUGGAGAAGCACAAGGAGGUGUUCUUUGUGAUCCGCCUCCACUCGGCGCAGUCAGCAGCUAGCCUGGAGAACUUGGUAGACCCUGAUCCAUUGCUUGACUGUGAGCUCAUGGAUGGCCGGGAUGCAUUCCUAACAUUAGCCAGGGACAAGCAUCUAGAGUUCUCCUCCCUACGAAGGGCUAAAUACUCAACCAUGAUAAUGCUUCAUGAACUUCAUAACCAAGGCCACGACGUUGUUUAUACAUGUAAUCGUUGCCAGGCAAAUGUGGGAAGUGGCUAUCACUGCACUGUGUGUGAGGACUACGAUUUAUGUGUGGCAUGCUACGAGAAAGAGCAGCAUCCUCACAAGAUGGAGAAGUUUGGCCCCCUUUCAGAAGAAGGUCCUUCUGGAGAGCGUACAACUGCUACAACCACCGAUCAGAUCAAACGAUGCAUUCAGUCAUUGGUGCAUGCAUGUCAAUGUCGGGAUGCAAAUUGCCGCCUCCCAAGCUGCCUAAAGAUGAGGCGAGCUUUGGCCCAUACCAAAGGGUGCAAGAAAAAGAGCAACAAUGGUUGUCAGAUCUGCAAACAGCUGAUUACUCUCUGCUGUUACCAUGCCAAGCAUUGUCAGGAGAAAGACUGUCGAGUGCCAUUCUGCAACAACAUCAAGCACAAGUUGAAGCAACAGCAAGCAGCUGCUCGCAUCCAGCAAGAUGCCUUGACGAGGCGGCGCAUGGCAGCCAUGGCAUGUGGCAUGUCUGGAAGCUCUGCCAGUUCUGCCAGUCAUGGUCAUUGUGCACCCAAUUCUUUGUCCAUGGCUGGAGGGCAUACGAAAGCCUUGGGCAUUGGUGCUGCACCCAUGCCCAUGCCCUCCCCUGGUCAGAUGAUGCCAAACCAUACGGCACCUGGGGUUGGGAUGAAACCACUUGGUGGACAAACUCCUGCACCAAACACCCAGCUACAACAAACCAUCAGACAGGUGCAAGAAGAGGCAAAAAUGCAAGCCACAUCCAGGAGCAUGAUAGGCUUUGGAGGCAUGAAUCCAAACAUGAAAACUCAGGGUCAAGCUGGACCGAUGAUUGGGAAUCCUGCUGGUCUGCAAAAAUCUGCUUCUACUCCAAUGAUGGCUGGUGUUCCAAAUCAGGGAGGUGGUGUUGCACCAAGGGGUGGUCUCCCUGCUAUGGGCCAAUGGCCUGGAAAUGAGGGACAACCUGGGGUCCCUGGCAAUGAUAAUGCCAUCCACUACCAACCCCAGGUUCAACCUGCCAUGCAAGGCAUGAGGCCACCAGGGCCCAUGGGUGUGACAGGUCCCGGUGGCCCAACUGUUGCUGCUGGUAACCCCAGUGCAUCAGGGAACAACCUAGCUGUUCUUCAGCAGCUUUUGAAGAGAGACUUCUUAGAACAGCAGUUUCAACAGUUUGGUGGUGGGACCAAUGCAGCUCAGAUGCUGAAACCGAAUCCCCCGCCCCCUGCAAUGAGCCCGCAACAGGUAGCAAUGAUGGGACCUCAAGUGCUCAUACAGGGGGUGAGGAGUCCUCCUCCUGGUGCAACGCCAAAUCUGCCUCACAUGGUGAGGUCACCUCAGGCGAACCCCUCCCCAAGGACACAUGCGGCACCUACACCAUCACCUCACCACUCUUCCCACGAUUCAGGACUCGGAGCUGAGAUGAUGCUGGCUUCACAUGGUGGGCCACCAUCAUCUGCAUCUCUAUCCGGCGCCGGAGACCUGACUGGCUCUGUGGUGGGUGUGACGGGGCAUGAGAAUGAAAUGCCUCCCCUCACACCACAGGACCAGUUGUCCAAGCAUAUACCCUUGGAACUCAGGCAGUCACAGUCCACGGUGCCACUGCGUACGUGCUUCGUCACAGUGCCACUGAAAGUGUGCCAUCUUCUCCUAGCUCCAACCUUCAAGCAAUUUGUCACUAUGCUUGUUGGUGGCAACAACCCAGUCAACCUUGCUCAGCAGCUCUCAAUGACUAACAACAAAAGCUCUUUAGAGAUCAUUAAGGAGAUAUAUGCUGACCUGAAGGAACGUGUGCUUGCGUUGGAAGCCCCACACGGUCCAGGGGGAGUCUUCUUCUGCUGGCAGAAAGGAUCUGGAAAUUACCUUGUCACCACCGGAUACAAUCAGACCAUCAAUGUUUAUGAUAGACAUGGAGAAAUCGUCGAUCGAGUCCUCCUCCCAGGUCUCUGUUCCGGAUUCGGAUGGGACAAAGACGGCGACCGGCUGGCAGUGAUCAACGACAAGAACUCCAAUCUUCUCCUAUGGGACCCCCAGUCCCACCAGUCCUACGUGUUGGACACGGGACUCAGGGACGUCCUCACGUUCCUCGUGUGGUCCAAGACGGCUCCCCUCCUGGCCGUGGGAACUGCCAAGGGGAAUCUCAUGAUUUAUAAUCAUAAGUCAUCCAGGUAA